CGGGCCCGUGUGCGGAGCCGGGAUGGAGAGCCGCGAGCUGGGCAUGGAGGCCAUGGAGACCCUGACCGAGCUGGGGGACGAGCUCACGCUGGGGGACAUCGACGAGAUGCUGCAGUUCGUCAGCAACCAGGUGGGGGAGUUUCCGGAUCUGUUUUCAGAGCAGUUAUGUGGCACCUUCCAGAGCAGUGGUGGAGGUAGCACUGGUGGAACCUUGGACCAUCCUCUGCAGAGCUCAUACAGCCAGGCACAGCUGCAGUCCUUCUCAUCCACAGCCGCCUCUCCCCAGCUCCAGGCUGUGCAAGUCAAAGUGCCCCAGGCAACAGCACCUGCCCCUCAGCGGUCUGCACCCCUCCUUCAGCCUCGUCCCCAGCUCCAGCCCCAGCUCCAACAACAGACUGUGAUGAUUACUCCAACUUUCAGCUCUGCUCCCCAGACCAGGUUCAUUCAGCAACCGCUAAUAUACCAGAAUGCAGCCACGAGUUUUCAAGUGCUUCAGCCUCAAGUUCAGAGCCUCGUGACAUCCUCCCAAGUUCAACCAGUCACCAUCCAGCAGCAGGUGCAGACUGUGCAGGCUCAGAGAGUGUUCACACAGGCUGCCAAUGGCACCAUCCAAACACUAACUCCUGCCACAGUCCAGACAGUAGCUGCUCCUCAGGUCCAGCAAGUUCCGGUCCUGGUCCAGCCUCAGAUCAUAAAGACAGAUUCUCUUGUCUUGACAACUUUGAAGGCAGAUGGUAAUCCAGUUAUGGCUGCAGUUCAUAAUCCAGCCCUGACUACACUGACCACCCCUAUUCAGACAGCGGCGCUGCAGGUACCGACCUUGGUUGGCAGUAAUGGGACCAUUUUGACCACGAUGCCCAUGAUGAUGGGACAGGAAAAGAUGCCCAUCAAACAGGUGCCUGGUGGGGUCAAGCAGCUGGAACCGCCCAAAGAAGGAGAGAGGAGGACGACCCAUAACAUCAUUGAGAAGCGGUAUCGGUCAUCUAUAAAUGACAAGAUCAUUGAGCUGAAGGACCUGGUCAUGGGAACAGAUGCUAAGAUGCACAAAUCUGGAGUACUGAGGAAGGCUAUUGAUUACAUUAAAUACCUACAGCAGGUCAACCAUAAGCUGAGACAGGAGAACAUGGUUCUGAAGCUGGCUAAUCAGAAAAACAAGCUGCUGAAGGGCAUUGACCUGAGCAGUCUCGUGGACAACGAUGUGGACCUGAAGAUGGAUGACUUCAACCAAAACGUUCUCUUGAUGUCUCCCCCGGCCUCUGACUCGGGGUCCCAGGAGGGCUUCUCCCCCUAUUCCAUUGACUCUGAGCCGGGAAGCCCGCUCCUGGAUGAUGCAAAGGUUAAAGACGAACCUGACUCUCCCCCUGUGGCCCUUGGCAUGGUGGAUCGCUCUCGAAUACUUCUCUGUGCUCUCACAUUCCUCUGCCUCUCCUUCAACCCUCUGACAUCCCUCCUUGAUAGCCGAGGGAUGCCCGAGUCAAACAGCCCUGUACAUCAUGGCUCUGGAAGGAAUGUGCUGGCCAUCGAGUCAGGUGCUGGCGGCUGGUUUGGCUGGAUGAUGCCCACUUUGCUGCUGUGGCUGAUGAAUGGUGUAAUUGUCCUGAGUGUGUGUAUAAAGCUCCUUGUGCAUGGGGAGCCAGUGACCCGGCUGCACUCCCGCUCAUCUGUGAUGUUCUGGCGGCAUCGCAAGCAGGCUGACCUGGAUUUGGCAAGGGGGGAUUUUGCAGCUGCUGCAUCAAAUCUGCAGAUCUGCCUGUCAGUUCUGGGCCGAGCGCUGCCUGCGUCCCGCUUGGACUUGGCCUGCAGCUUGUCCUGGAACGUUAUCCGCUACAGUCUGCAGAAGCUGGGGCUGGUUCGCUGGCUACUGAAGAGGACUUCACAGCGACAGCGAGCAAGAGAAGCUGCUGCCGGUUUUGAGGAUGAGGCCAAGACCAGUGCUCGGGAUGCAGCUCUGGCAUAUCACAAGCUCCAUCAGCUCCACAUCACAGGUAAACUUCCAUCCAGCUCAGCCUACUCAGGUUUGCACAUGGCCCUGUGCGCUGUGAAUCUGGCUGAAUGUGCAGAGGAGAAGAUCCCACCCAGCAUGAUGGCAGAGAUCCACCUGACUGCUGCUGUUGGCCUGAAAACCCGCUGCGGAGGCAAGCUGGGCUUCCUGGCGGGUUAUUUCUUAAAUAAGGCCCAGAGCCUGUGUAGCUCAGAGCGGAGUGCCAUUCCCGACUCCCUGCGCUGGCUAUGUCACCCGCUGGGACAGAGGUUUUUUGUGGAACGGAGCUGGACAGUGAAAUCUGCUACAAAGGAGAGUCUGUACUGUGCCCCGAGGAACCCAGCUGAUCCCAUUGCCCAGGUUCACCAGGCCUUCUGUGAGAAUCUGUUGGAAAGAGCUGUGGAUUCCCUCAUGAAGCCUCAGUCCAGGAAAGGGGCCACGGGGCAGGAGGAGGAGGAGGAGACCUGCGAAUUCUCCAGUGCUUUGGAGUUCCUGAAAUUAGUCAACUCCUUUGUGGACUCAAUGGGAAGCGGGACUCCACCUUUCAGUAGCAGUUCUGUGCUGAAGUCAGCCCUGGGAGAAUCAGCCUCUGCUGAUGUGCAGCCCCUUGUGGGCUGGGACAGAGCUAUUCAGCAGCAUUCCACCUACAGCAGCUCAGCUCCAUGGAAUAGAAACUCUUCACUCUGUCCACCUGAAGGCCCUGAUUUGGUGUGCAGAUGGUGGUCAGCGGCAAUCGGCAUGGCAAUCAGUUGGCUCAGAGGGGACGAUGCAGGCGUGAGGUCACGUUUCACAGAAGUGGAGCGGAUGCCCAAAUCCCUGGAGAUGUCAGAGAAUGCCCUGGUGAAAGCGAUCUUCCAUGUAUGCAAAGCCAUGCAGGCCUCCCUGUUGGGGAAGGCAGAUGGGCAGCAGAGCUUCUUUGGUCACUGCGAGAGAGCCAGCAGCCACUUGUGGAACAGCCUUAACAUGAGCAGUGGUGUCUCUAACACUGGCCUCAACAAUAUGAUCCAGCUACUGACCUGUGACUUAUUGCUCUCACUCCGCACCACACUGUGGCAGAAGCAGGCGAACUCCAGCCAGGCCCUGGGUGAGACCUACCACGCCUCGGCCUCUGAGCUGACGGGUUUCCAGCGAGACCUUGGCAGCUUGCGCAAACUGGCCCAUGGCUUCAGGCCCGCUUAUCGCAAGGUAUUCCUGCACGAGGCUACUGUGCGCUUGAUGGCAGGCGCCAGCCCCACCCGCACUCACCAGCUGCUGGAGCACAGCUUGAGGCGACGCACCCCCCAGAGCGGCAAACAAGGUGAGCUGGACACGCUGCCAGGACAGAGAGAGCGAGCCACGGCGAUUCUCCUGGCCUGCCGCCACCUCCCCCUCUCCUUCCUCUCGUCCCCGGGCCAGCGCGCAGUCCUGCUGGCAGAAGCAGCCCGCACGCUGGAGAAAGUGGGGGACAAGCGCUCCUGCAACGACUGCCAGCAAAUGAUCGUCAAACUGAGUGGGGGGACGGCUAUCGCCGCCUCCUAGCCCAGGGUCCUUAUGGCCAAAGUCAGCCUUGUGAGCCAUCAGACUGGACUCUCCCCCCAUUAUAGUCCCUCUUUGGAGCAGACGGUUCUAGAUUAGGGCCAUGCAAGUGGAGUCACUUGGGCUGGGGAGGGCUCUGGACUAGCCCAGGGUUAGCUUUCCGAGCCAUUGGCUGCGUUCAGGCCUGGUGGCAGGACUGGAAUCUGGCUAGUGCUGUUCUAGUUUGUGUAACCAGGCUAGCAGCUGCUAACAGCUCCCCUACUCCCUUGCCCCUCGCUGGGGUUAGAGGCGAUGCUGGGGUUAGAGGAGGGGUCAGCAAGCCCUGGGGACAGAAAAGUGCCAUUUCCUGGUGCUGGGUGGGUCUGUGUUCCGGGGGCUUCUCACCUCUCCCAGACCCCUCGGGAGGGCAGAGGAGCCCCCCAGAAUCCCCUCCGAGGCAAAACCAGCGUCUCAGGCAACUCUCUACCUGCAGGCUGGCUGCCCGCCUGCUCCGGGUUAGCUGGGAUGGGGAGGGGAGAGCACUAGCUCUCUCUUCUCAAGGUGGGGCUCACUACACUGUUUUUAUGGGACCCUUUUUCUAUAGACUCUGCAUGUGUGGGAAGCUCUGUGAGAGGGGUGGUGCUUGGAGCCAGCCCACCCCACCCAGGAAAUCUCCCUGUGGGUUUUAUACAGUUUUUUAUAGCAAUGUAUGUGUCUUUACAAGAUGUCAGGAAUAGUUUGAGUAGAUUUCUCUUAUCAGUACCCCCUGCCCCAUGUGCUUCUCCCCCCACCCCCACCCCCUGUCACAGAGCUACCUCCUGCCUCUGUUGGGGUUGGGGGAGGGCAGAGUUCUAGUUUAAAUCCUCAGCAGCAUCUAUAGUGAGGGCACAAAGGUACCUUUCUCUGGGCUGCUCAUGUGGUGAGGGACCUAGGAUGUGCAGAGACCUGGGCUGAGGCGAAGGGAGAGAACUGUCUGCUGGGCCCCCUUCAUUGGCACAGAUGAAAACGGGUUUUUAAAAAGAGACGGUCUGAUACUUCAUUGCUCAAAAUCCUGGACCUGGUGGUUUCUGCCUCCUCUCCCCCCCCCCCCCCACUCCAGGCCCCUUUGUCCUCACCUACACACCUGUCAGUCUGAUCUGCAUGGCAGGAUGUGCCCCCUUGGGAGGGAGCUUACAUAAACCUGGUGUCUGCCACGGUUUGGAGGAUCCUGGAGCGGGCUGGGUCCUCUGUGUACUAAUGCCAAGUCAUGUGACUUUGAAAGAGGAUGGGGUGGGGUAGUGACCCAGUUUUCCCUUCUGCUCCACCCUUCACAUUGCCUCUGUCCAAAGACUGAAAUCGUUCCUGUUCACGCCUGCAAUGUGGAAGCUAGCGCUUGGCAGAAAUGCAUUGCUGCUGCUUUCCAUGUGUAUGUGCUCUGUGUGUGUGUAGCUGAACUAUGCUGGUACUGGGUAUAAUCUUAUCCCGAGCAGGUGCCUGCAGCCCUUCGUUACCCAGCAUGGUGUCUCAUUGCAGAAGCAGGACUCAAAUUUUUGUUAAACCUGUCUAGAUUUAUUCGGUUUUCUGCAGCAACCACAGUUGGAGGUUCAGUUACUGCAAAGAAAAGGCUGUUACAAUACAUGUGGGACCUUCUGCCUCUGUUUUGCAGCAAGCUCCUGGUGAAGGCUUUCAUAUGCCACAGAACUAAACACUCUGGGAAUGUUGUCCACCACUGCUUUGCUCAGAUGUAAGCCUUACUGACGUAAUUCAGCCUGCCAUCACACCACACAUUCAGGCUGGUUCUAUACUCCCUGUUGUUGAACUGCAGGGCAUUCUGCAGUGAAAUGCCUCCCUCUGCCCCCACAUCUCUCCCACCCCUUUUGGGGGGCAUUUAAUGGAAGAGUCAUAAUUGUAAUCAUUUCCUCAAAAGAAAACGUCCUUUGUGUCUUCCGAGCGUGUGGGUGGAUGCGUUCAAAGGCUCCACUUGGAACUCCUGCUUCGCAUUGGCGUCAGCAGCACAUGAUAAGUGGGACACUCAGGAGUGGUUUUCUUACCUCUGGUUUCUGGCUCCUGAUAUCUCGGUAGAUCAGCGUAUGUGAGAUGUCCUACGUGUUGAUCGUGUUGGCUGCUUCUGCGUUAAACGCACAUGAGUACAAUAACGUGGUGAUAUGAGUACCCUGUUAGUUUGGCACAAGAACAGAUGCUGCUUUUUAUGGCUCAGUACCACAGCUUCUUGGCUCUUCAAAUGGGACAGAGAUACAGCUUGUUUGUGGAGAGCCUAAUGCCCACCCACUCCUUCAAGGCAGGAUGAAACUAAGACCCUGGUUUCCAAACAAACUACUCGCAUAAAGGCUUCUUGCUUUAAAGCCCUAGGCUUUUUAAUCUCCCCAGGAAUGUAUCUACCCAUGGCAUCCUUCAUGUCAUUUCAAACCUACACUGGUCAGUCUGCAAUGGCAACAGUAGUAUACUAGGGAGGGGAGGAGUUCUGCACCCAUCCCUGUUUGUCCAGGCACACAUGGGAAGUGGUGACUCAUCUCCUCCCCUGGUCACUUCAUGUAAAGGUGAACAGAACCCUGUACUGGUGUGUUAGCUGGGGGAGGGGGAUGGGUUCCUCGGAGAUGUUGAGGGCAGUACUGAUAGCUUAAGGACAGUGCAGGCUCCCCUUGUGCAAAUGGUCCAUGCAUGAUGUUUGUUCUUUACACCUGUGGCACUUCAGGUGUGAGGUUCCUUUCUGUGCCUGUUUAUGUGCUGUUAUUUAUGGACCCGCUGUCUCUCUAUUCCCCCCCCCAAAUCUUUUUGCGUGUAUACACUGUAAUAUUUGGGGCUUGGGGGGGGGGGAGGGCAAGUUUAUGGAUGAGAAAAACUGUCUAUUUAUCCAACGGAUAGUAGGAGUAGGGACACUUCGCUGUAAAAGAUAUAGCUGGUGAUGGCUCUAGGGAACCAUUUCUGCUCUUUGAGAGGUGCCCAGUUAUGUACCCUGUCCCAGUGCUAGAGAGCAACUGUUGCCUAAUAAAGACCCAUGGUACCACCUG